AUGUUACGCGGAACUGGGAAAUUCAAGCCGGCCACGACAUUGAGCUCUGAUUUACCACUCUCCUCUGAGGAUAAGUGGAUGAAGAUCUCGACGCUAAGCUUUAGCUGCAGAACAAGCUACAUCAUGGACCCGAUAAGCAGUCUCGCCUCUGGCACCAUUCUAGCACGUGUGGCUCAUAAGCAAUUUCCUUUGCGAGCUGAUAAGAAUUCACGCAGAAAGUGGCCAGAUCAUGUCUCGAUCAAUUUCUAUGACGCCAAGGCGAUAUCGGCCUGUUCCAAGACUUAA